AGCGGAGGCUCCUCCCCCAGUUUAGGAAGCGGGGACUGGUGUUAACGUUGCACCGUCCCGACCCACUUCCUUCCUUUCCUUCUUCCCUCCUUCCGCUCACGCUGGUACAUCAUGGCGUCUGGACUGGUACGACUACUUGUCCGGGGGCCCCGCGGCUUCCUGCGAGCUUCAGCCACUCCGGAGCCCAUUCUGCAGAGCCGGGGCAUCAAGGGCGGGUUCCGCGCUGCUCUCCGCUUCCAGAAAGAGAGAGAACGACGGCGGCAGCUCCGCUGUCCCCCGCCUCCCGUGCGCCGUUCAGAGAAGCCCAACUGGGACUACCAUGCAGAAAUCCAGGCAUUCUGUCAUCGACUACAUGAAGACUUUUCUUUAGACCUUCUCAAAACUGCUUUCAUUAACAGAUGUUACAUUGAAAGUGAGGAAGCCAGGCGACAGAAACUGGGAGUAGGCAAAGAAGCUGUGGCUCUCAACCUUAGAGAUAAUCAAGAACUCUCAGAACAAGGGAGAGCCUUUUCACAAACAUGUCUCACGCAGCUCCUUGGAGACGCAUACCCAAGCCUGCCCUCAGAAGGCACACAAGCAAUUGUGAAUUUUCUUACCAGUGAGGACAUUGUGUGUCACGUAGCCAGAAACUUGGCAGUGGAGCAAUUAACUCUAAGUGCAGAAUUUCCAGUCCCCGAGACAGUACUCCGACAGACUUUCUUUGCCGUAAUAGGAGCGUUGUUGCAAAGCAGUGGGCCUUUGAAAACAUCACUUUUUGUCAGGGACUUCUUAAUUACACAGAUGACUGGAAAAGAACUUUUUGAGAUGUGGAACGUUGUAAAUCCCAUGGGACUACUAGUUGAUGAGCUGACAAAAAGGAAUAUUUCUGCUCCUGAAUCUAGAAUUACCAGGCAGUCUGGAAGCAGCACAGUGUUACCACUGUAUUUUGUUGGUUUAUAUUGUGAAAAGAAACUGAUUGCAGAAGGACCUGGUGAAACAGUUCUGAUUGCUGAAGAAGAAGCUGCUCGGGUGGCCCUGAGGAAACUUUAUGGAUUGGCUGAGAAUAGACGACCUUGGGACUAUUCCAAACCCAGUGAAAAAUUAACGGAAAAAGUUACUGCUUUGAGUUAACUGGCCAAAAGCAUGUUAGCACUUGAACUCACGCAAAAAAAAAGAAGAGAGAGAAACUUCAAAGUGACUUGGAAAAUAUGAUGCCAGUUCCCAGCUUGCUCAGAGACAUCUUCUUCCUCCCUUAGGGGUCUUGUUAGAUUAGAAGAGAGUCAUUUGCUGUUCAAAAAUGAUUACUGUGAAAUCCUUUCAAGUUUGUUGUCAUAUUUUUUGACCUUUUAAAAGAAAUUACUCUUAAAGUUCUGGAUUUAUCUCUGUGACUUGUAGAAUGGUAUGCUUCUUUUCAUUUAAUUAUUCUUUUCUAGCUUUGAAGCAUUAUGGCCGAAAGACUUGUUUUUUUUAAUGCAAGUAACAAUAAUACUAAUUUUUUUUAAAAUGUCAAAUACAGCAAAUCUUUAUCUUCUAAAGUAUUACUUGCCAACUAAAUUUGACGCAUUUAGCUAACUUGGCCUACUUAAUACAACUAAAUAGUAUGUAAAAGGUUUUUGACAUCACUGGAAAGACAAAAUUCAAAUUGUGACAAUUAUACAAUAAGCAUGAAUGUCUUGAAAUUUUGUGUGCUAGUAAGUCAGUAAACGAUUUAGAAUUUUAAAGUAAUAAUUAAAGAAAUUCAAAGUUAUUUUUUAAUCACUCUAAGGACAUAAACUUUAAGACCAAUUUGAAGGAUAUAAAUAAUUGUUAAUUCAAUGAAUUUAGAAUUGGGAAGAUAAUUUAUUACCAUAAGUACAAACAUUUUUAUAUCUAUAAUUUUUGGAAGAGGAAUUUUUCCUUUUAGUAUUGUUCAUUUAGGGCAGUUUUAUCAGAAAUUUCCCGUCUUGCUAUUUGGGAAAAGAUUGGUUACAUAUAUGUCUUUAUUUUGAAUUUAAAUGAAUGUUCUCUAGAGUCCUUUGUAAAGGAGUUUGAAAUUGUUUUUUAAUUUUUUAAGUAGUGUUUUGUUUUUCCUUCUAUAUGUAAAAACAAUUUUUAGCAUUCAUUUUAACAAGAUUUUGAGUUCCAAGUUUUUCUCCCUCUUCACCCUCUUCCUAAAAUAAUAAACACUUUGAUAAAGUUUAUAUAUGUGCAAUUAUGUAAAAUAUAUUUCUAUAUUAGUCAAGUUGUGAAAGGAGAAACAGCCCAAAAGAGAAAAAAUCACAAAAAAUAAAAAAAGUUUUUAAAAAGUCCAUAAA